AUGCAUGAAUCUUCAUCUUCUCCUUCUUCACUAGGAAAAUGGUUAGGGUUUGUAACAGCAAUAUGGGUACAAGCGAUAUCAGGAAACAACUAUACAUUUUCAAACUACUCAGCUGCUCUAAAAUCAUUAAUGUCUUUAACUCAGCUACAACUAAAUAAUCUAUCAGUAGCUAAAGAUGUUGGUAAAGCUUUUGGUGUUCUUGCCGGUAUAGCUUCCGAUCGUCUUACUACUCCUGUUAUUUUAUUAAUUGGAUCUUUGGAAGGUCUUAUCGGUUAUGGCGUUCAAUGGCUUGUUGUUAGUCGGAAAAUUCAUCCUCUUCCUUACUGGCAGAUGUGCAUAUUUCUGGCCCUGGGAGGAAACAGUACAACAUGGAUGAAUACAGCGAUUCUAGUUACAUGCAUGCGUAAUUUUCGUAAAAAUCGCGGUCCUGUAUCUGGAAUCUUAAAAGGGUUUGUGGGUUUAAGCACAGCAAUUUUCACAGAUGUUUGUAGCGCUUUGUUUGCUGAUAGUCCUUCAAAAUUUCUACUCAUGUUAGCAAUAGUUCCUGCCGUGGUUUGUCUCACCGCAAUUUUCUUCCUCCGCGAAGUUCCGGUUACAAAUACGGCUGCCCAACAAGAAGAAGAAUCCAAAUAUUUGAACUUCUUCAAUAUCGUUGCUGUCAUUGUUGCUCUAUAUCUCUUAAUAUAUGAUCUCUCCGGGAAGCACAGUCAUCUGAUGUCUUUGCUUUUCGCUUCUGGACUUCUAUUUCUAUUAGUAGUCUCGCCAUUAUCUAUUCCGUUAUACUCUAUAUUUAAGAACUCAUCAAACUCUCAUAAUAUUAAUAAUGAUGAUGUUGAAACAAGAAUUCAAGAAGCAGAAACACAAACAGUUGAAACAGAAAUGAGAGAAAAAUCGGUACAAGUAGUAGUAGAAGAAAAAGAUUUAGAAACUGAUGACAAAGUUGUUGAAAUGGAUUACAAGAAACCAAUUCUUGGCGAAGAUCACACAAUCUUAGAGGCAGUUCAAACUUUAGAUUUCUGGAUUCUUUUCCUUUCGUUUCUUUGUGGUGUAGGUACUGGUUUAGCUGUGAUGAAUAAUUUGGGGCAAAUGGGUUUAGCUCUUGGGCAUGCUGAUGUUUCUAUAUUUGUAUCACUUACAAGUAUAUUUGGUUUCUUUGGUCGUAUCGGCUCAGGAACGAUAUCUGAAUAUUUUCUCAAGAAUCAUGCAACACCAAGGCCACUAUGGAACGCUGCAUCGCAAAUCCCAAUGUCUCUAGGAUAUGUUGUUUUAGCCAUUGCAUUACCAGGUUCUUUGUACGUGGGCUCAAUUGUUGUUGGUAUUUGCUACGGUGUUCGUCUUGCCAUUACAGUUCCCACUGCUUCAGAACUAUUUGGCCUUAAAUACUAUGGUUUGAUCUACAACAUUCUAAUCUUGAACCUUCCCCUUGGGUCAUUCCUAUUCUCUGGUUUGCUAGCUGGUUUUUUGUACGAUGCACAAGCAACUAAAACAAAAGGAGGUGGAAAUACAUGUGUUGGAUCUCACUGUUACAGACAAGUUUUUGUGGUCAUGGCUUUGUCGUGUGUAGUUGGUUUGGUGUUGGACGUGGUACUUGUGUUCCGAACGAAGAAACUUUACAAAAAGAUCCAAAUCGGUAAGAAGUCUGGCUAGGAAAAUUAGGUGUA